UUUAAAUGGUUUAUAGAAUAAUUUAAAGUUGAAAUCUUCCCUUUAAAUCCCUGGUGCCACAAUGGCAUACCAGUGGCAUGCUUUAAACCUGCUGUUGUUGCUUCUUUAUUUGGGAUCAAGUUAUUAUACACCUGCUAAUGCUGAAUCGCAGACAUGUGAAACUACUGGUAUUUAUCCGAUUUCAUCACAUAAACAAUUGGUGAAGAUUAGAGCACCAAGCAUUUCUAUUACACAGGAUGACCAAUACAUGUGUACUUCAUCAGGCAUUCCAUUUGAUGGCGGGGAAAGUUACAUAAUUAAUUUCACGCCCCAUGCUUCCAUGUCAUCCACACACCACAUGCUCGUGUAUGGAUGCCGAACCUUGCCCACGACACAAUCAUCAUGGCAUUGUGGAAUGGGCCAAAUAUGUAAUGGAAAAAGAGAAACUUUAUUUGCUUGGGCUAAAGAUGCUUCACUUCUUAGAUUGCCAGAAAAUGUUGGUUUCAGAAUUGGUGGAAGCUCUGGUUUCAAUUAUAUAGUGGUGCAGAUGCAUUAUGCUCAUAGAUUACCACCUGGCCAACAUGAUUGUUCUGGAGUAGAUGCAAUUGCUACUGAUGAAAGGCAGUUAUAUUAUGCUGGUAUCUUCUUACUUGGAUCCCCAUACAUCAACAUACCACCUCACUCUCAUGCUAAUUCUGAUAUCUCAUGCCAGACUAAUAUAAGAAACCCCAUCACCGUGUUUGCUUUCCGCACCCAUGCUCACAACCUUGGUACCGUUAUCACUGGCUACAGAUACAGGAACGGGCAAUACAAAAUGAUUGGCAAAGGCAACCCUCAAUGGCCACAUGCUUUCUUUACCAGGGUUGGAGGAUCCAUUGAUAUUCAACCUGGUGACACUGUUAUGGCAAGAUGUGAUUUUGAAAGUACCAGAAAUGUUGCAACUUAUGCUGGCAUGGGAGGGGCAGACGAGAUGUGUAAUUUCUACAUGAUGUUCUACACAAGCAGCAUAGAAACUGCUGGUUCAGAUCCUAACUGUUGGGGCAUGAUGAGCGGGAUACCUUUAACCUUCCCUUCAACUGUGGAUCAACUAACUCCAUACCCAGGCUUUGCAGGGGAAGAUUCCACUUCAGCCAUCGCUCGUGGUGAAGUCACCCAGCCUGAACCACUACAAGCGCAUCACCACGGUAACCAUCACCAUUCUCCGGAGACUGGUGAAGAGCAUCAUGCUCAAGGAAGAGAGUCUCCUUUUCCUCUUGUUGCCGAGAAAAAAGAAAAGAAAAUCGAAUUAAGAUGUGAUUUGACGUGGCCGGACAACUCGGUCAUUGGACAAGCAGGUGGCGUUGCUGUUCGUAAGAAUGGACAAGUUAUUGUAUUUCAUCGUGGAUAUAGAACUUGGGGUGCUAAUUCGUUCAGAGUAAAUACAUUCGUUCAAAAAAAUUCUCCCAUCACGGUCAACACUGUUUAUUCUUACAAUCCUUCCACGGGAACACUGGAAGAUGCAUGGGGAAGCAACAUGUUCUUUAUGCCUCAUGGAGCUUAUGUGGAUGAUUGGGAUAAUAUAUGGUUUACUGAUGUGGCAAUGCACCAGGUAUUUAAGUUCCCUGCUACUGGAGAUAGAACCCCCACGCUAAUACUUGGUACACGUCUUGUGCCUGGUAACGACGAGAAACAUUUCUGUAAACCAGCAGAUGUGGUUGUGGAUAAUCAAGGUAUGAUAUAUGUCGCUGAUGGAUAUUGUAACGGGAGGAUUGUUAAGUUUUCACCUCAUGGAACUUACAUCAAGUCAUGGGGACACGAGGCAUCAGCAUGGGGUACUGCUGCAGCACUUGGUACAUUUAACGUUGUACAUAGCAUCACUAUAGCUGGUGAUGAUGUUUGUGUGGCUGAUCGUGAAGAUGGGAGGGUCCAGUGCUUUACUAAGGAUGGAGACUUUGUCAGGGUUAUCCAGGAUAAGAAGGAUACGGGAAGGAGUAUAUAUGCCAUCGAGUAUAGUGAUGUUGGAGAUGGCCUGUUGUAUGCUGUCAAUGGUUUAGAUGUUACAAGGGUGCCAGUGUCUGGCUUCACCCUUGAUUAUAAAUCUGGUGGCCUGCUCGGAACUUGGGAGCCCUCGUCUUCGGAGUCGCUUACCUCACCACACGAUGUUACUGUUUCACCCAGUGGGGGAGAGGUUUAUGUUGUUCAACUGAAGGAUAAGAAAGUUUACAAGUUCAAUGUUUUUGUGGAUGGCAAACACGUCACCAAAACUUCACAAAAUCAAGCAAGCGUGGCUUCUGUUGUUGUUCAAGAUAGUGUGGCUUCUCAGAGUGGUGUGGCUUCUGCCAAAGAUACAAGGCCUCAUGAUGGAAAAGUCUCUCACGAUAAUGUUGCCACACGGUCUAAUGCCCUGGCCCCGCUACAAGGCUCUGAUGAUCCCGUGGCUUCCUUGAGUGACAUGUCACCUUUAAUUGCCAACCUCGCUGUGAAGAAAGAUGGCAAGCAACAAGCUCUUUCUUCUGAGGAUGAACAACCAACUGAAGAGAUGAAUCCAGCCAACACAGGGGUUACAGCAGUAGUAGUUAGCAUACUGAUAGCUGUGCCCAUACUUAUUCUCAUCACUGGGUUUCUAUAUGUUAGAUCUCGUACAAGGAGAUUAAAUGAAUAUGAAGGAUUGCUGACUCAUGAUGACUUUACAUACGAUGAUCAGAAACAGUCGCUGAUUUCACCAAAACCAAGAAAAUUAAAUCUUGGAAAAUUUUUCCACAGUUCAAAAAGAGACCAAUCUUACACCAGAGCAAGAACUGAAGAGGAAAGUGAGGAAAGCGACAUUUCACCAGAUAAACCAAACUCUGAACCAUAAACCGAAUGUUUCAAUUAAUUUCUUUUAAAAAUGGAAUAUUUUAAAAGUUCUUUUUUUAGGAGAUUACUUCUGCCACAGGUAUGGUAUGAGUUAUAUAAAGUUUUAUUUCUGAGUAAUUUUUUUUAUUUUUUUUUCUCUGUGUAGGUGUAUGUAUGUGGUGUAAAUGUAUAUUUAUGUAGUUAUUUGAAUAUGAUGUUGAUUUUUUCUUUGUUUUAAAAACUUUUACUUUUCAGUGAUUCCAAAUCCUAAGUUUUGUAAAUAGCAAAUGUUAAACCUAAAAAAGAUUGGAAACACUGGGCGAGCUAGAUUUUAAAACUUUAAUGUGCAAUGUUUGAAUUAAGUUUCUACAAUUGCUAUUGCAUCUAUAUUUUACACAAUCAUUUUUUAGACUUUGUCAUUAACCAUAAACUACAUAUUUCAUUUCAUUACUCACACAUACACAAUAUAAAGCCUCCAGAAAAUUAUUUUUACUUGGGUAAAAAACAACAUUUUUUUUACUUUUUGCCAUACUGUAGGAUCUCACCUAUUACUAAAAUUAACACCCCAAAACAUUUUGUAAAUUAAAAAAAACUGCAGUAGGCAAGUGUUUAUUUAUUCCAAAGGUAAAUAUAUUGUUGUAGUAUAAUAACACAAGUAUUUUAUGUCCUACAAACAAGAGAUUCUCCUUUCUUUCUAAAAUAUACUUCGCUUUCUUCUUAUUAUUGUACUUUUGCUUACAGAACAUGCAGUACAUAUAGUAACAGUUUUAAUUACAUGAGAUUUUUACACACAACUGUUAAUUCUACAGUGCACUUAGUCUAAAUGGGUCCAACUAAAUUAAAAACAAAUAUUCUUUGUUGAUUUUUUCACACUAAAGUAAGCUACACUGUAUAAAAUAUUGCUUGCCAAAAUACUUAAAUAUUUAGAUUUAAAACCUCAUACUUCAUAACAGGUAUUUUACCCAAAAGUACAAAAUAUUUUAUUUUACUGCCAAAAGCAAUUGUUUAUCUAAUCCAUGGUUUUAAAAACUGCAUAAAUGCUUUUAUUUUAUUUGUACAUACAAAAGUACUAUUUUACAGCAUCCUAUUUUUAAAAGUUAAGGUUUUUUUCUAUAACAUUUGCUGCUAGGCAUAAUAUGAAUCUAAAAAGAUCUGGCAAAUUUUCUGGUACAUCAUAUUCACAAUAAAACUUUUAUUAUUGUGUAUUUUUCACAAUUUCUGUUUUUGGUGUUGUCUAUUCAGAAGAAUAGAUUUUUGUUAGGAAACAAUCACUAUUGUUGUCUCAUAUUGUUAUUCCUGUGUAUUCAUUGCAAAUAAAAUGGCAUAAAAAUGUCUGGUGUAUAAAAAGA